CAGGCAAGAGUGAACCUUCCGUGACCGAACCGAACGAACUCAACCCACAACAACCUCUUUGUGCUCACAAUUCAACGAGAAACAACACAACCACAACAACCACACCAAAACAAUCACAAAACAAUCACAAAUAUAUCAACCAUGCCAGCCCAACAUCAACAACAAAUCAACAACCAAACUGAAAAUUAUAACAACCAUUAUCAAGUAAUGGAAUACACCAUCAAAAAGCCCAUUCCCCACUCCUAUGCGGGCAUUAGUUUUCGCAAAGACGGCAAAGGAAAACUGUACAUCAGUAGCCUCCACCAAGAUGGACUCUUCUUUCGCAAAACCAACAUCAUGACAGGUUUCCAUGUCCUCAAGGUCAAUGGAGUCAGAGUAGAAAACAUGCAUCCACAACAUGUCACUGCCAUUAUUCGAAAUGCCAGAGGAACGGUCACCAUUGUGGUAGCAGAGCCAAGUCAACAAGAUGAUGCUGCAAAGGAAACAACACAGUCACACCACAGACAACAGCAACAGCCAAAGAAACAACCACAGCAAGACAAGAAGGGAACAAUAAGAAAUAUCCCAGUCAUUGGGGGCCUACAAAGGAUCCUCAUGAUGCCCAAAGCAGCAUAGAAGCUGUACAGUAAACUUAGACUUUCUUUUCUACUUCCU